UCUCGGAGCUGAACUCAUAAACUAACGCGAAGUCAGGUUUAGUUAACUCCCCUAAAUCAGAGUGCGGAGUUUACUGAGGACAGACUCAGAUGAGGAGCAGUUAAUGGAGUAACGCGGUACUGGCGCCUUCCCACUGUGGACAAGUGAAUGAAAAAGUUUUUUUUUAAUCCUGUUUUUAGUUGAGUGACACCUUUUCUUUGAGCACCAAUAUGGCAUCAUCAAAACUUCCAUCAUCAGCGAUUGACUACGAGGCGAUUCCAGCCAUAGCGCUGAACUUCAGCGUGAGAAAGAAGCUCGGACUUUACCUAAACCCUACAAACACAGUGGCCUCUGACUGGACGGACAUCGCCGAAAAGAUGGGCUUUACUUACCUGGAGAUAAAGAACUAUGAGAAGAGAGAAAACCCCACGCAGAGGCUGUUAGAUGAGUGGCAGACUCAGCCAGGCGCCACGGUGGGGAAGUUGUUGUCUUUUCUGGAAGAGGCUGAGAGGAAGGACAUUAUUUCAGACCUGACAGGCCUUAUAGAUGAGAAUUGCAGGAAGUAUUUGGAGCAGCCUGUUCAAGUUCCAGUGGUGGAUAGUGGACACCAGGACCGAGGCAUCACAGUCAAUGAUGGUCACAUGCCGGAGAUGUUUGAUGCCUUUAUUUGUUACUGCCAGAGUGACUUCCAGUUUGUGCAUGAGAUGAUCAGACAGCUGGAGCAGACAGAGUACAACCUGAAGCUGUGUGUGUUCGACCGGGAUGUGCUUCCUGGCACGUGCGUGUGGACCAUCACCAGCGAGCUCAUUGAGAAAAGAUGUAAGAGGAUGGUAGUAGUCAUAUCUGAUGACUACCUGGACAGCGAUGCCUGCGACUUCCAGACCAAGUUUGCUCUCAGUCUUUGUCCAGGGGCUCGUACCAAACGGCUGAUCCCUGUGAUAUACAAGCCUAUGAAGAGGCCUUUUCCCAGCAUUCUUCGCUUCCUGACUGUCUGUGACUACACCAGACCGUGUACGCAGUCCUGGUUCUGGAUUCGAUUGGCCAAGGCCCUCUCUGCCUUCUAAGCACCACGAAGGCUUCACGUUCAGCUCAGUGACUGCCAGAGAAUUGGGGUUUGUUUGUCAUGUUGUUUACAUGCAAGAAUUUUUACAGAUGUCUUGACUAGUCAGAUUUCUGAACAUUAUUAUUUCAAUGUAAACAAGAGUAGAUUUUCACUUUCAGAGCCCUGCAUUAUCAGCUGCAGUUCAGCAAUAACAUGCCUGUUUCAAGCCUUUUACAAAACAGUUGUAGACAAUAUCCAAAUACUAUCUAGACUGUCAGAAUAAAUGCGUUAUUUAAUAAGCUUGAAAGGAACUCCACAACAUGUUCCUUAUGGUUUUUGUGUGUAGAAAAAACACAUCACUUAAAGUACAAUUUGUUUGUAAUGUGGCUAAAACAUGGAUUUAUGCAAGUGAAACGAACGUUCUGCAGAAAUAAAUAACGGAAAAACUAGAUCAUAGUAAAGGGAACGAAAAGGAAAACUAAGAAUGAACAUUUUUUUGCAGAACAUAAUCCAAAACAGGAACACAGUCACUUUCAGCUGUUCCAGAAUGAACACUGUAUUUUAUGAGUACUUGCAUGUUUUCAACAGCCCUUUGUAAAAUGUUCAAAAAGCAAUAUAACAACUGCCUAUAUUUCUACCUUCUGAACUUUGGCACCGGCU